AUAAACAAAACGCCGUUAUUUAUAAAGCAUUGCUUGAAGCAGCUAUUUCGGCGGUUUUUGCUAGUUUUUCGCCUGUUUUUGUUAGAUUUUCAUUGCUUUUGUGUUUAAGACUUAACAACAUGGAAGACGGCGAGGAAAGGACAUCUGAAGAUGUAAGAAAAAUAAUUAAAACUGCAAAACUCCACGAAUCAGAGCUAACUGAGGUGACCCAGGUGUUGAGGUUCCCUGACGCCGCCAGCCAGAAACAAAACCUCAGUCUCAUGCUGCUCGAUGCUAAUUUGCUGAAAGAAAUCGAGGAGGGCAAUGAACUGCUAUUUAAAGGCGAUCCCGAAGAAAAUGUCGUCCUCUGCACAUCCACCAAAACAUACGACGUAAAAGAGGCAGAGACUUCCAACAGCCUAUUAUUAGUGCCAGACUUGCUUUUUGCUGCCAACACAGGCUUAGAUGAAACCGUAGCCAAUUACUCUAUGGAUGACUCCGAUACAUCUUUUGAAAAAUCAAAUAAUUCCUUAAACAAAUCCACCGAAUCUGAUGAAGGCGACAAACCGCCAAGAAAAAUAGAAUAUAAAGAAGUUAUAAACACUUUUUUUACUUAUUACGAGCUAAAACCGUGUAAACCUCGUUUAAAUAAGCUGCAGAAACUAUUAGAAGCUUCUAGAUUUCAAGGUUUAGAGCUGGAAUAUGCUAUAGACAAGUCUACGCUUUUGACUUAUGAAGCGAUUUUCGAAGAAGUUCAAGCGUCAAGAAAGGAGUUAGAUGAGGAACUUGAAAAUAUUCAAGCUGUUGAAAUAGACGGAUUCCAUAGACUGCUUGAGUUCGAUUACGAAUUUAGAGUUCUAUCAUACAUGCUCGACCUUAUAGAAGAGAAUUCCUGGCCUUUAGAGAAAAUAUCUAAAGAGAUAACUUUAGAAAGUCUGAAGGACUUAGUUCCUAUGCCUAUUUUAGAAAGUAUGUUCAAGUUUUAUACUGAGGAGUCUGCAGAGGAAGAUGGGGUUCGGUAUUAUAAGUAUAAGCAGGAGAAAGUGUGCAGAUUUCUAGCGAGAGUUUUAUUGAAGAGUGCUGGCAAAUUUAAUUUGACCGAGUUUAUGCAGGCUUGGAGGGAUUCGGUGCCGGAGGGAAUGGUUACAGAUGAGUCAAUGCUAUGGGGCAUAGCGUUGGUGGACAAGAGCAGCUCACCGCCGGUAGUGUGGGGCUUCACGGAAGCCGAGCUGCCCGAGAACAUCAACGAGAGGUUCAAGGUUCUGUUCCAGGCCAAACCCAAGUGGACCGUCGACCAGAUAUCGCCAUACAUCGAAUGUUAUGCCACAGAAAAGCUGAAGGUCAACGCUCUGCUGACGAAAUACGCGCGAGCCUCCACACAAGAUGGCGUCAGGGUGUUCUCAGCCAAACAUAUGAAAUAAGUACUGAACCAUGUUGAUAAGUUAUUAAAGUAGAAUUUACAAUGAAAUCUUUGACGUAAGCCGAAGUCAGUGUUCUCAGAACAUGAAGUUAAGUUAUGGGACAGAUAUAAGCUUAAAUAAGCGCGGGCAAUUAAAUUGCUGAUUAGUCAAUUAAAUUGGCUAUAAUCUCCACUCUCACUAAACCAUGAAACCAUCCAAUUUUAGAAAUUUUACUUUCAGACCAUUUGAUUAGAUUGGUCACAAUCUAAUUGUGUGGUCUUGGCGUUUGAAUUAUAUUUUUCAUCCACACAACACAAUUCAAUUGCCAAUAUCGUCAAAUUGUGGAAAUAUUGUAUCGUCUGGGUGUUGCCAAGUCAUAUACUUAGAUACGAAAUCGUUAUUGUGAGUUAAAAAAAAAGGUACCUACCAUGUUUUUAAUCUAUUCCAAUGCACCUUAUAUCCGCAUCAGUGUCCGUAGCGAAGAAAUUUAUGUAAUCAAGUAAUAAGCAAUAAUGUGAAAAGUUGCUAAUUAGGUGAACCACUGGUUUGACAUUCAAAUCAUUACACAAAUGUUAAAAUAAACGUUUAUUUUAAUAUCUCAUUUCUUAUUACAAUAAAUCAUUAAAAAUCAAUUUGCAUUAUUUGAGCAUGCUCUUAACCUAUUUACAAGUCGUCAAAUAAAUUCUUAAUUUCUCAAACAAAAGGUACCUUUUUGUCAUUUUUCAAUAAGUCGCUAAUUGCAUUUAAAUGCAAUAA